AGGAAAGGUAUGAGUUUCAGAGCUUAGUCAAGAUGAAACUGUUCGUAUUCCUGGCAUUGGCUGUGGCCGCAGCUAGCGCUGUCCCCACUCCCCAGCAGAAGCACACCCCUGUCCCUGUCAAGGACAUUGAGGGCCGUAUCACCAACGGCUACAAUGCCUACGAGGGCAAGGUCCCCUACAUCGUUGGUCUGCUCUUCAGCGGCAACGGCAACUGGUGGUGCGGUGGCUCCAUCAUUUGGGCUGUUGCCUCCGGAUGGGGCGGCACCUACGACGGCAGCCCACUCCCCGACUGGCUCCAGUGCGUCGAUGUCCAGAUCAUGGACCAGGGCGAGUGCAGCCGCACUUGGUCUCUCCACGACAACAUGAUCUGCAUCAACACCAACGGCGGAAAGUCCACCUGCGGAGGAGACUCCGGCGGCCCCCUGGUUACCCAUGACGGCAACCGCCUGGUGGGAGUUACUUCCUUCGGUUCUGCUGCUGGUUGCCAGUCUGGUGCCCCAGCUGUCUUCAGCCGUGUCACCGGCUACUUGGACUGGAUCCGCGACAACACCGGCAUCUCCUACUAAGAGGAAACUCAUCCUUAUUCCUAAAUUUUCAUUGGGUUACUUCAAUAAACGAUUUUACAGCAAAAACAA